GCCCAUCCGUUCUUCCUCCCUGAAACCCUGCCAUGCCGGAGUCGUGCUCAUCGACGAGUGAAUGCAUCGCAGUCGCCGGUGUCUCUGCAGUACCUCGCCUGCCUUGCAAGCACGCAACUUCUCCAAUCAGCUCGCCUUCUCGGCUCUUCCCCGCCCUCCAACCCAACCGCUUUCCACCCCCAAUUUCUACUCGUACGACCAGCUCUUGGAAACCUGCCUGCAGCGAUGCAGGCAAGCCAAAGCCCACCACCAGUUCGACGAAACGCCUCACAGAGUCUCCCCGAUUUCGACAGCCGGGAAAAUCGUCCACGGCUACGGUAUCAAGCUUGGGGUAUCGUCAGAAGGGCGUCUAGGAAACGCCAUCCUCGAUCUUUAUACCAAGUGCGGCGAUGUGGACUCCGCGGAGAAGGCAUUUGACUGGCUUGAGAGUAGGGAUGUCUCGGCCUGGAACUCUAUUUUAUUGCUGUAUUCGAAGAAGGCCGCUUCGUUCUCGGUCGUGAGAUGUUUUGGGUUGUUGUGGAACGAAGGGGUUCGUCCCAAUGAGUUCACUUUUGCUAUUGCAUUGUCUGCUUGUGCGAGACUGGCCAAUGUGGAUUGUGGCAGACAAGUUCACAGCAAUCUGUUGAAGAUGGGAAUGGAAUCGAACUGCUUCUCCCAGGGUGCUCUUAUCGACAUGUAUGCAAAGAGUAAUCAAAUGGCUGAAGCUCGAAGAGUGUUUGACGCAGCACUGGGUAAGGAUACCGUGUCUUGGACAUCGUUGAUAGCUGGCUACGUGCAAUCUGGUUUACCUGGAGAGGCAACAAAAGUCUUUGAAGAGAUGCAAAGAAGUGUGAUGGAACCUGACCAAGUGGCACUCAUCACUGUCAUGAAUGCCUAUCUCAGUUUAGGAAAGCUUGAGGAUGCUUCUAAGUUGUUCUUCCAGCUGUCUAACCCAAAUGUUGUAGCCUGGAAUGUGAUUAUGUCAGGGCAUGCUAAGCGAGGCUAUGAAGUUGAAGCUGUUGACUUUUUCAGAAACAUGAGAAGUUCUGGUGUCAAAUCCACUAGGUCCACAUUGGGAAGCAUAUUGAGUGCAAUCGGGAACUUGGCUGCUGUUGAUUUUGGCUUGCUAGUUCAUGGGGAGGCAAUCAAACAAGGACUGUACACUAAUGUCUAUGUUGGAAGUUCUCUGAUUAGCAUGUAUGGCAAGUGUGCGAAACCAGCAGCAGCUAGGAAAGUUUUUGAUGAUCUAGAAGUGCAAAAUCUCGUCUUGUGGAACGCAAUGCUUGGAGGUUAUGCCCAAAAUGGCUAUGCUUAUGAAGUUUUGGAAUUGUUCUUUAACAUGAACAGCUAUGGAUUUCACCCUGAUGAAUUCACAUUCACCAGCAUCUUGAGUGCUUGUGCUUGCCUCGAAUUUCUAGAAGUGGGUCGCCAGUUGCAUUCCGUUAUCAUUAAGAACAAACUGGCACCAAAUUUAUUUGUGGGGAAUGCACUGGUAGAUAUGUAUGCUAAAUCUGGGAACCUUCACGAUGCGAGGCAACAAUUUGAGCUAGUCAAGAACAAAGACAAUGUCUCUUGGAAUGCAAUAAUUGUUGGCUAUGUGCAGGAAGAGAAUGAGGUCGAGGCAUUCAAUUUGUUCCGUAGAAUGAAUGCCCUCGAUUACAUUAUCCCCGACGAGUUCUCCCUCGCAAGCAUUCUGAGUGCUUGUGCGAAAGUCAGAGGCCUUGACCAAGGCAAACAGGUGCACUGUCUCUCAAUGAAAACCGGUCUAGAAACAGGUUUAUAUGCUGGAAGCUCCCUUAUCGACAUGUAUGUCAAGUGUGGGAACCUAGACUCUGCUCACAAGAUUCUUGCUUCCAUGCCUAAAUGGAGUGUGGUCUCUCUUAAUGCUCUGAUUGCAGGAUAUGCUCCAUCUAAUUUAGAGCAAGCGAUUCUCCUGCUUCGGAAAAUUCAAGCUGAGGGACUAAAACUCUCUGAAGUUACUUUCGCAACCAUUCUAGAUGCUUGCAAGGGGCCAGAAAAGUUAGAUAUAGGUAGUCAAAUCCACUGCCUGGUUGUGAAGACUGGGAUUCCACUGGAUGACGAGUUUUUGGCCGUCUCUCUGCUAACCAUGUACAUGAGUGGUCAAAGGAAAAGAGAAGGCAUCCUUCUCUUCUCGGAACUCUCUGGCCUUAGAAGUACUAUCUUUUGGACUGCAUUGAUUUCAGGGCUUACUCAAAAUGAUUCCAGUGAAGAGGCUCUCCAAUUUUACCAAAAAAUGCACGCUUCCAAUUUCUUACCAGACCAAGCAGUAUUUGUCUGUGUCCUGAAAGCUUGUGCUCUUCUAUCAUCCGUGAGAGAUGGUGCAGUGAUCCAUGCACUCAUCUUCCAAACUGGGUUUGACUCAGAUGAGAUGACGUGUAGUGCUCUUGUCGACAUGUAUGCCAAAUGUGGGGAUGUGGAGAGCUCAAUGCAGGUAUUUGAAGAAAUGGGUGGUAGUAAAGGAAAUGUGAUCUCGUGGAACUCCAUGAUAGUUGGAUUGGCCAAAAAUGGAUAUGCAGAAGAUGCUUUACGUGUUUUCUGGGACAUGACGAAGAACUUGAACAAUGUUGUAGUGCCUGACGAUGUCACUUUUCUAGGAGUCCUCACUGCAUGUAGCCAUGCAGGAAUGGUGUCGGAAGGUCGUCAGAUCUUCAACCUGAUGGUCAACCAGUACGAGAUUCAACCGAGAAUCGACCAUUGUGCAUGCAUGGUUGAUCUUUUAGGGAGAUGGGGGUUUCUCGAAGAAGCUGAAGAGUUCAUCAGCACGUUUAACUUGGAAUCUGAUGCGAAGAUUUGGGCUACAAUGCUUGGAGCUUGCAGGACCCAUGGUGACGAAGGCAGGGGCCAACGUGCUGCUAAGAAACUCAUCGAGCUCGAACCACAGAAUUCAUCCCCUUAUGUUCUUCUUUCCAACAUUCAUGCGGCGUCUGGGAACUGGGACGAGGUUAGGAGUCUCCGAAGGUCAAUGAAGGAGAAAGGAGUGAAGAAGUUGCCCGGGUGUAGCUGGAUAACGGUGGGACAGACGACGAGCUUCUUCGUUGCCGGAGAGAUCUCUCAUUCUCGUGCUGGUGAUAUUGGCUCUGCGCUGAGAGAUUUGAUGGCGUUGAUGAAAGAUUUGUGCGAUAUUGAUUCUUUAUACAAUGUUGAAGACUUGAGUAGCGGUUGAUUAAAUUGAAAUGGUAAAUUCAGUUCCAUUUUCACUCAUCAGUUUUGUUUACAUACUACUGCCUGAAGGUUGAUUGCUGCAACAGUGGCUGCCAUGCUUGUAACAUAUUUAGGAGAGAGGCUUUCUUGCAGAAAUUCAUCUUUUUAGUUUUUUUUCUUGAAUGAUGCUAUGCACCACUAACUCUUAACUAAUAAUCGAGUAAGGCAUGGAGCCACCAAUAGAGUGAUACAAAAGCCAACGACGAACAUCGAAAUUCUUCUUUUCCCAGAUACAAACUGCUUAAGAUUAACCUCUGAAUGGAUAUAUGACACUUACAAUCCUAAGUCAGGAGGGAGCUGUGGCUGCUUUGCCGCAUUGGCAUUUAAGCCAUGGAUAAUUGAUGGCUUAUGGUCAUUUUUAUUUUUCAGAUUUAAGUUUUGCUGAAAUUCAAUGUAACCACUUAACUUUUACAUUUUAUCUUCGUAAGUACCAUGAAUUCAAAGUAGAUAAAUUUAGUUUCUUAUGAUUGAUAGGGCUUGCUUGAUACUUACCUGAUAUGAAUCCCGUACGUAUCAUUCGUUUAAGAUUAAGUCCAGCAUGAUUAACGAAUGCAUAGACCAUUAAAUUUUUCAUCCUAUCCGGGAGAGAUAUUAUAUAUAUGAUAUAAAGCCAAAGUAAUGUUACUGUUGCCUAAUUUUCUUUUUGUUGUUUAUACAGUUGCCUAAACCUUUUGAUGCGUCAGUUCCAUUGAUUCUCUACUUUCAAUCCCAAUGUUUUCCAUUUUCAGUACUUUGCACCACAUAAUCUAUAAUUGUAAUUUUUUGGCAUGAGAAAUUUGGCUAAUGUUUUUCAAUUUGAGAAUUGUGGAAUUAUGAUAAUAAUGAUUUAAUAUUAUU